AUGUUGCAACAAAUUUUGAAAUUUUAUUUUAUUUUAACAAUCAUUCCCCUGACAUGGACUACACAUACUCCUCAGUUGGCCACUUUGGAAGAUUUCCCAGACAAUCGUAGUGAACUACCACUUGUUAAAGUAGAAAAUAAAUAUUAUUUUUUCGGACAAUUCAAGGUUAAUUGGUAUGAAGCUUUUCUCAUUUGUCGUUCGAUGGAUGCUUUUCUCGCAUCUUAUAAUUCUCCACAGGAAUUGUCUACAUUAUCUAAAUAUUUGAUUGCCAACUAUCCCUUAGAUCAUUGGUGGUGGUUGUCCGGUACUGACCAACAAUUGGAAGGUGAUUUCUUUUGGUUUAGUACUGGUAAACGCAUUUUUUAUGCCGAUUGGUCUGCUGGUCAACCGGAUAAUAAUGGGGGUAAUGAGAAUUGUGUACAUUUGUGGUAUAAAGAAAGAAAAUAUCAAAUGAACGAUUGGGUAUGCAAUAGGUUGGCAUAUUAUAUUUGUGAUUUAGAAAAGCGUAAUAAUAAUAAUACCGAUAGUUCCACAACGUAG